AUGCCGCGCUACGCCACCUUCUGCCUUCGCACCGUGGCCGCGUCCGCACCCCACCUCCACCUCUUCCUCGUCUACGAGAACGCCACCAUGAUCCUCCCCGAAGUGCAGGCGGACAACAUCCACUACGUGAGCAUCAAGGAGGGGGAGGUGGCUGGGCGACUGCUGACCGUACUCAAAGGGGGACUGGGCAGUGCGUUGGUGAACGAGAGAGAUGAGGCCAACGUGAAGAAGCUGCUCAGCCUCAACCCACGAAAGGUGGGGGUCUACAAACCGCUCUUCGGUGCCGCCUUCCAUGACAUCAUCGGCGAUUUCUCACACUGGGCGUGGGGCGACAUCGACACCCUGAUCGGCGACGUGGCGGGCCUGGUCAGCGCGAAGGACCUGCGCGAGUUCGACAUAAUCUCGUUCAACACCGGCAGCGGGUUGCUGUAUCUCCAGGGCCAGCUCACCAUACUUGCCAACCGACCCGAAGUCAACGACGCCUGGAAGGUACAGCUCGCCAUCGUGUUCAUCAUCUUCAUCAUCGUCUUCAUGAGCAUCCGAUUUGUGAAUGUCAAGAACGAACCGAGCGCUGUGAGCCUGACGUCGGCCAAGCCGGCCUUCGCGUGGGAGGAGACCAAGUUCUCGAUGUGGGCCCUCUACAGCAGCAGCCUGCGCGCCAAAUUGAUGCCUCUUCAGUUUUCGGGCAAGAACGCAAAGAACUGGAAGGACGCCGACGGUCGGGUCUUGAUCUGGGAAGACGGGCGACUGCUCCUCCACUCCAACUCUGUGCCCACAACGUCGCCACUGCCCGAGCGGGUCGAGGCGCCGCUGUUGUACCAGGACACGUGGACCAGCGCACCGCAGCGACCGGGCCCUUACGUGCUCGAGCGACUGGGUUCGGAGAAGACCUGUGUGUGGUACGGGUCGCGGCGAGAGGCCAAGGGUUACGACCGACGCACGGAGGAGUACGUCGUGUUCCACUACAACUACGAACACGAGGAAAAUAUUCCGAAUGCGCUGGCGAAGAAGAACAGCGACGAAGUGCACGCCUUGUUGAGUGUGCAACGGAUGGCGUGGAAUUGGCGUCACACGUCGGCGGCGAAGGCUUCCUUUGCGGGCGGACAACAAUCUUACGAAUCCCAGUUUGCCUACGGUGAUGGGAGCUUUCCAAGCGUCUUCUCGCAAGAGAAUGGAAUGUUUUGGGUCGAUAGAACGGGCUUCAUCCCCCUCUUGGAAGCGCUCAAGGCCAAGGCCGUGGUGUCGCUGAGGAAUCGGCGGAUGGGGAAAACGCUCUGGAUAGACACGCUGGCGCACUACUACGACGUGGCGCACAAGGGCCGGUUCAAGGAGCUCUUCGGCCACCUGGAGAUUGGGAAGGCGCCGACCCAGCUCGCCAACACCUUCCACACCUGUGUGUGGUACGGGUCGCGGCGAGAGGCCAAGGGUUACGACCGACGCACGGAGGAGUACGUCGUGUUCCACUACAACUACGAACACGAGGAAAAUAUUCCGAAUGCGCUGGCGAAGAAGAACAGCGACGAAGUGCACGCCUUGUUGAGUGUGCAACGGAUGGCGUGGAAGUAUUACCCUUUUGACUUUCAUGCGGCCCCACCAUGCGACACGCCCGGCGGCGGUAAUUGUCCCACGAUCGCCUAA